AUGGCCGCCCGGCCGGGUGAGGAGAAUGUAGCCACGCUCUACGGAGACAUCCAUUAUUUCUACGGCCCGCCGACGGACAACCCGCCUCACCACCGCUUCGACAAGGGCUCGUACGUCUACCUGUUCGAAGAUGCGAAUAAAGGACGCGCGCGCCUCGAGAUUGCGAACCACCCGGGGACGGACGCCCAGGACGCGUUCGAUGGCUACCUCGACAAGGUCCGCCUCCGGUACUCGUACAAGCACACCUGCUUGGUGAGCCUUACCGUCGGCGAGGUCGAAGGCCACGACGAGUGGCAUCUGCCGACCUACGACCCUCACAACCAGAACAAAUACCACUACAAGCUCCACUCGCUCGACAUCUACUUCUGGACCCCACAGGACGCCGUGCAGUUCGUCAAUGGCAUCAGGCGCGUCUUGCCGCCGGCGCAAUGCGAGGUCCUCGACGAGCCCGGGCCGCCGCCUCGCCAUUCGGCCGAGCCCAACAACGGCGCGACACCGGCCUUCGCCGGCCCUCCUGUUUCCGCCGUCGCCAGCAACGGAGACGCGUCCCCGCCUCCGCCCCCUCCCCAGUACACCACCUUCUCCUACAAUCCGGCUGCGCCACCCGCCCCAGAGCAGGUCCGGCACCGCGAGAAGACACCGCCUCCCGAAGACGGCGUCGCGAACCCCCUCCAGCAGACGCUCGCGCGUGAUGCCUCGACGCCCUUCUCGCCGGGCCUCCUGCCGAGCGGCAUGGGCCCGCUCAGCCCCGGCGUCCCGCCGCCGAACAUCCAACACCCGCCCGGCGCCCCUACCUUUCCCGGACCGCCCCAGCACAGCGUCACCUCGCCCGGUUUCGCGCCGCAGGGAUUCGGCUCGCUGGGCGGGCAGGCGAUGGGCGGCGUCCAACACCCCGGCGUCCCCCGCACCGGGACCAUGCCGGCGCCCGGAAUCGGAAGUCCGCUGGCUAGCCCCGGACUGGCGAGCCCGUACGGCGUCGGCACAUUCCCCCCCGGACAUGCGCCGUACACACCCGGCGUAACGCAUACGCCGACGCCGCCCGCCGCUGCGGUCGGCUUGGCUUCCCCGCCGGGGCAGGCGCCGCAGCAGAACGAAUAUGCGGUGCACCAGCAGUUCUACAUCCCCGAGAGUCAGUACAAGCCGAAGCAGGAGGUCCGGGGUAAGCUUGAGGAAAAUGCGGCCAGGCUUGAGAGGGGCGUGACGGGGAUGCUGAAGAAGUUUGAAAAGAAGUUUGGGUGA